AUGGCGGGGGUGCGGCGGGAGGGUCCGAACCUGCAGAGCCGUGCUCAUGCGGCGGGGCUCUGCCCGCCACCCCGCCCUUUCGCCCCCGCCCCUCGGCUGAGCCGUCGGGAAGCUGCCCCGGAGGAAGAAGAGGCGGCAGCGGCUGCGGCGGCGGCAGGGAACGACUCCCGGCCGGGCGGCAAGGAUUACCUGCAGAAGGGGUCUGUCCCCACGCCUGGAGCGGCGGCGGCGAGCGCUCGGGGUUUAGGACCGGGCUCAGGAGGCGAGGUCCUUAAUUUGGAGGAGCGCGAGCACUGGGCUUACAGGCCGCAUCGCAAUCACCAUGGUCGGCGGCUGGGAUCUCCCGGUCCUGCUGUGCACGCUGCUUGGCGGGCUGCUUCUCGCAGACCUACUGGGGCGGACCUACUGGUGCGGAGAACCGACGAGAACGCGGCAGCAUCGCUGACCGCUGACCGCGUGUGCAGAGCCUGGUCCCGCCGGAGACGCCCAGCACGGAGGGCUUGCGGCGCUUACGGCUUCGCUCCCGCUAAAACCCCGGGCGGGAGCGCUGUGCGCCGAGCCGCGGCGCCCUCAGGAGCCUGGGGAGCAGUGCCCCGAAAAUCCACCGGCUGUCCACUGCCCCGAGCGCAGUGGUCGGUGCGCGUGCGGCGCAGCCAGGUCAUGGACGUUCCCAGCACCGGGUCCCCGGAGUCUAGAUCAGCCUCCAAAUUAAAAGGCCCAGAACUGAGUAUCAAAGGCACGCAGCAUGUCAUGAAAGCUGGAGAGACUCUGUAUCUCAAGUGCAGGGGGGACAGACCCCAUCGGUGGUCCCUGCCCGACUCGGUGCGCAAGGAAACUAAGAAGCUGAGCAUCACAGAGUCUGCCUGUGGGAAGAAUGGCCAGCAGUUCUGCACCACUCUGACCUUGAGUGAGGCCCAGGUGAACCACACCGGCUUCUACAGCUGCAGAGACAUCUCCAAACCUGUGUCAAAGAAGAUGAGGACAGAAGCCAAAAUCUAUGUAUUUGUUAGUGACCCAGAACAACCAUUCAUAGAGAUGCACAGUGAGAUCCCGCAGGUCAUCUACAUGUUGGAAGGCAAGGAGCUUAUCAUCCCCUGCCGGGUGUCCUCCCCAGAUCUCAACGUGGUUUUAUCUAAGUUUGCACUUGGUACUCUGAUUCCCGAUGGACAAAGAAUAAUUUGGGACAAUAAGAGGGGCUUUAUAAUCUCAAAUGCAACAUACAGAGAAAUAGGACUUCUCAGCUGUGAAACCACCGUCAACGGACGUUUGUAUAAGACCAACUAUCUAACUAUUCAACAGACCAAUACUAUCACAGAUGUCCGAAUGAGCCCACCAGGUCCAGUGAAAUUACUUCAAGGUCAGACACUCACUCUCAACUGUACAGCCACCACGGCCUUGAACACCCGAGUUCAGAUGACCUGGAGUUACCCUGGUGAAACAACUAACAUAGCUUCCAUCAGGCGACGGAUUGAUCAGAGCAACCGAGAUGCCAAUGUAUUCCACAGCGUUUUAACCAUUAACCAAGUACAGAUCAAAGACAGAGGACUGUAUACUUGUUAUGUGAAGAGUGGACCUUCGCUGAAAUCAGCCAACGUCUCUGUAUGUGUCUAUGAUAAAGCCUUCAUCACUGUGGCACAUCGAAAAGAGCCGGUGCUGGAAACGGUAGCAGGCAAGCGGUCAUUCCGGCUCUCCACCAGAGUAGGGGCAUUUCCCUCUCCAGAAGUCGUGUGGUUAAAAGAUGGAUUCCCUGUGACUGAGAAAUCUGUGCGUUAUGUGGUUCAUGGCUAUUCAUUAAUCAUCAGAGAUGUAAAUGCAGAGGAUGCUGGCAAUUACACCAUCCUGCUAAGCAUAAAGGAGUCCAAUAUCUUUAAAAAUCUCACCACCACACUCAUUGUAAAUGUGAAACCCCAGAUUUAUGAAAACGCCGUGUCCUCGUUCCCAGACCUGCCACUCUAUCCAUUGGGCAGCCGGCAAACCCUGACGUGCACCAUCUACGGCAUCCCACAGCCUAAGGUCAAGUGGCUCUGGCAGGCCUGUCAACAUAACCAUUCUGCAGAAAGGUCUGACUUCUGUUCUGUAAGUGGAAAACCCUUUAUCCUAACUCCUGAGAGCAGAGUGGGAAACAAAAUUGAAAGCAUCACUCAGCGCAUGUCAGUAAUCGAAGGGAAGAAUAAGACUGCUAGCACAUUGGUCGUGGCUGAGGCUCGAAUACCCGGGAUCUACAGUUGCAUGGCUUUCAAUAAAAUAGGAAUGGCAAAACGAAACAUAAGCUUUUAUAUCACAGAUGUGCUCCACGGAUUUCACGUUCACUUGGAAAAAAUGCCCACUGAAGGAGAGGACCUGAAGCUGUCCUGCACGGUGAAUAAGUUCCUGUACAAAGACGUGACCUGGAUUCUGCUGCGGACCGUGAAUAACAAGACCACACAGCACAAUCUCAACCAGCAGUCAGUGGCCAGCAUCCAGGAGUACUCCUUGACUGUGCCUCUGGUCAUCAGAAAUGUUUCUCUGGAAGAUUCAGGCACUUAUGCCUGCAAAGCCAGGAACAAAUUCACAGGAGAAGAGAGACUACACAAGAAAGAAGUGACAAUUCGAGAUCAGGAAGCACCGUACCUUCUUCGAAACCUCAGUGAUCAAACCGUGGCUAUCAGCAACUCCACCACUUUAGACUGUCCUGCUAAAGGUGUCCCAGAGCCUCAGAUCACCUGGUUUAAAAACAAUCACAAAAUACAACAGGAACCUGGAAUUAUUUUAGGACCAGGAAGCAGCACGCUGUUUAUUGAAAGAGUCACAGAGGAGGAUGAAGGCAUCUAUCGCUGCAAAGCCAGCAACCAGAAGGGUUCCGUGGAAAGUUCGGCAUACCUCACCGUUCAAGGAACCUCGGACAAGUCUAACCUGGAGCUGAUCACUCUGACGUGCACCUGUGUGGCAGCAACCCUCUUCUGGCUCCUGCUAACCCUCUUUAUCCGAAAACUGAAAAGGUCUCCUCCUGAAAUAAAGACUGACUACUUAUCAAUUAUAAUGGAUCCAGAUGAAGUACCACUGGAUGAGCAGUGUGACCGGCUCCCUUACGAUGCCAGCAAAUGGGAGUUUGCCCGAGAGAGACUUAAACUAGGUAAAUCACUGGGACGAGGGGCUUUUGGAAAAGUGGUCCAAGCAUCUGCAUUUGGCAUUAAGAAAUCACCCACAUGCCGGACAGUGGCUGUGAAGAUGCUGAAAGAGGGGGCCACCGCCAGUGAGUACAAAGCUCUGAUGACUGAGCUCAAGAUCCUGACUCACAUUGGCCACCACUUGAAUGUGGUCAACCUGCUGGGAGCCUGCACCAAGCAAGGAGGUCCUCUGAUGGUGAUUGUGGAAUACUGCAAGUAUGGCAACCUCUCCAACUACCUCAAGAGCAAGCGGGACUUGUUCUUCCUAAAUAAGGAUGCAGCACUACACAUGGAGUCCAAGAAUGAAAAACUGGAGCCAGACCUGGAGCAAGACAAGAAACCAAGACUCGAUAGUGUCACCAGCAGUGAGAGCCUCGCCAGUUCUGGGUUUCAAGAAGAUAAAAGCCUGAGUGAUGCUGAGGAAGAGGAGGAUUCUGAUGAUUUCUACAAGGAACCCAUCACUAUGGAAGAUCUGAUUUCUUACAGUUUUCAAGUGGCCCGAGGCAUGGAGUUUUUGUCUUCCAGAAAGUGCAUUCACCGAGACCUGGCAGCUCGCAACAUUCUUUUAUCCGAGAACCAUGUGGUGAAGAUCUGCGACUUUGGCCUUGCCCGGGAUAUUUAUAAGAACCCCGAUUAUGUGAGAAAAGGAGAUACACGGCUUCCACUGAAAUGGAUGGCUCCCGAGUCCAUCUUUGACAAGAUCUAUAGCACCAAGAGCGACGUGUGGUCCUACGGCGUGCUGCUGUGGGAGAUCUUCUCUUUAGGUGGGUCUCCGUACCCAGGCGUGCAGCUGGACGAGGACUUCUGCAGCCGCCUGAAGGAAGGCAUGAGGAUGCGUGCUCCGGAAUACGCCACCCCUGAGAUCUAUCAGAUCAUGUUGGACUGCUGGCACAAAGACCCGAAGGAGAGGCCCCGAUUUGCAGAGCUUGUGGAAAAACUGGGUGAUCUGCUUCAAGCAAAUGUGCAGCAGGAUGGGAAGGACUAUAUCCCACUCAACGCCAUCCUGACAGGAAGUAGUGGAUUUACCUACUCAGCACCGACCUUCUCUGAGGACUUCUUCAAGGAAGACAUUUCUGCUCCCAAGUUUAACUCAGAGAGCUCUGAAGACAUCAGAUAUGUCAAUGCCUUCAAAUUCAUGAGCCUGGAGAGAAUCAAGACCUUUGAAGAACUUUCACCAAAUGGCACCUCCAUGCUUGAUGAUUACCGUAUGGACAGCACCCUGCUGGUCUCCCCGCUGCUGAAGCGUUUCACCUGGACUGAGAGCAAGCCCAAGACCUCCCUGAAGAUUGACUUGCGAGUGACCAGUAAGAGCAAGGAGUCAGGGCUCCCAGAGCUCGCCAGGCCUGGCUUCUGUCACGCCGGCUGCGGCCACAUCAGUCGCCGGUUCACCUAUGACAACGCGGAGCUGGAGAAGAUCCCGUGCUGCUCCCCGCCUCCUGACUACAACUCGGUGGUCCUGUACUCCCCGCCGCUGGUCUGA